UGUGUUAAACGCUAGUAUACACACUCGAUAUUUUGAGUUUCUUUACAUAGGCUUUCAAUUGUUGAAAUGUCGGAAGAUUUGCUACGCUGGUGUGUGGACCAAUUACACCACAACUUCGGGCUGGAGUUAUGUGAAGACAUUGUCCAGUACAUUCUAUCUAUUAACAAUUCUGAUGAGAUUGAAGAGUAUGUGGGAGACCUCCUGAUGGGAACUGAUGGGAGAAAGAGACAGUUCAUAGACGAGCUUCUGCAAAGAUGGAAGAGGACUCGGUGUCAGACCACAGACAACCAUGAGAAAUUCCUGCUCAAAGACUCUGGAACUGGAGCAGAAUCUCUUGACAUGACCAAAGAUUCCCAGAAGAAGUCCAAGCGCAAAGGUCGAAACAAGCAGGAAGUCAUGACUUUCAGUCAAUCAGAGCCUGGCCUGCAAACAGUCAAAACCCCAAUGGACCUGAUGAAGGCCCAAGAGAGCAACAGUUCUUCCUCAACAAAGAAAAAAAGUAAGUUUGUGAAUCUUUAUGCUCAAGAGGGCCAGGACAAGUUGGCUGUUAUUCUCCCUGGACGUCAUGCCUGUGAGUGCCUAGCCCAAAAACACAACCUCAUCAACAACUGCAUCACUUGUGGUCGCAUUGUGUGUGAGCAAGAGGGCUCAGGCCCCUGCCUCUUUUGUGGAAGCCUGGUCUGCACUAAAGAAGAGCAAGAGAUCCUACAGCGAGACUCCAACAAAAGCCAGAAACUCCGGAAGAAACUCAUGGGCGACUUUUCAGAUAGAGAUUAUCUCUCUCACCAAGAGACUCGGAUGAAUGCUGGCUUGGAGAAGGCCAUCCAGCACAAAGAUAAACUGCUUGAAUAUGACAAAAAUAGUGUCAAGAGAACGCAGGUUCUUGAUGAUGAGUCUGACUACUUUGCUGCUGACUCCAAUCAGUGGCUAUCACCCAGCGAGCGUGACAUGCUGAGGAAAAAGGAGGAAGAGCUACGGGAAAUUCGCUAUGCUUCGCGGAAGGACAGGAAGAUCACGUUGGACUUUGCUGGUAGACAAGUAAUUGAUGAGGGAGACAACUUUAGCCAGUACUACAACAAGCUAGAUGAAGCCAUUAAAGCAAUGGGCAGUGAUUCCCCACUGAAAACACAACUGCACUCAGACAGGCAAGGUUUGCAGCAGAGCUCUGGAAAUCUGGUCAACCCCAACAUAAUGCAGGAAGCACCAGAGUGGGUGAAUGUAGGAGGCGGUGAAAGUAACAGGAAGAACCCAGCGAAAGGCAGGAGCACAGAAGAAGGUGAGGCAAGGGCACAGCGGUCCAGACUGAGACUACAGGACAAGGAGCUGCAAGAGAUGUCUGAUGACGGCUGGUGUCUCAGCAUGCACCAGCCAUGGGCCUCGUUGCUGGUCAAAGGCAUCAAGAGGGUGGAGGGACGGACCUGGUACACUUCCCACCGUGGGCGUCUGUGGAUUGCUGCUGCAGCCAAGAGGCCCACUCCCCAGGAGAUUGCUGAAGUAGAGGGCAUGUACCGCCACAUCUACAAGAAAGAGCCCAAGUUUCCUAAAGACUACCCCACUGGCUGUCUACUGGGCUGCGUCAACAUGACUGACUGCCUGUCUCAGGAGCAGUUCAGAGAGCAGUUUCCUGGUACCUGUGAGGAGUCGACUUCCCAAUUUGUCUUCAUCUGCACCAACCCCCAGGAGCUGGUUGUAAAAUUCCCCAUGAAAGGGAAGCACAAGAUCUGGAAGCUGGAGAGUCAGUACCACCAGGGUGCCAAGAAGGGGCUGGUUCCAUCAGCUGCAGAGUGACGUCAGAGAAGGCGCAGUGGAGGACAACAAAAGAGCGUGUGACUGGCUGCUGCUCAUGAGGAUAUGGAAAUUGAUCUCAUUGAAAGAACCUCACUUCCUCUGCUGGGUCAUUCAGUCCUUAUCUUAUCUGGACUUUCAGCUAACAGUGAGGACCAGACUGGCCUUGGCUGCCUCUAUGUUGUUUUGUUGUGUGUUUGGAGUUCAAGCACCGCCACUCAGAAGUUAAUCUGACAUUAAUAACAGUCAUCCGGCAGUAUGUCUACUUUUGCCAUGCCAAUGCACAUGCAUUUUAUUUUCUCCAUAAAAAUAAAACAUGUUUGA